CAGAGUCAAAGCGCAUGGCGCAGCGCGGUCUUCUUCCUUUUUCUACCCUGAUUGCACGCGAGCAAGACAAUGAGCAGCUCUCAAGCUUUCGCUACAGUGGCAACCAUUUCUCCUCGGACGUGCCUAGCUCUGACAUCCAAAACGACGAGGACUGGACGCCACGACCUUCACGGAAGCGUACAUUUGCAGCGUACUCGAGCGACACGGAAGAACUGUCACUUUCACAAUCCGCAAAUCCCGCUGCCGCCAGAUAUCAGCGCGCAAAGCGUCGUUCCCUGGCCCUUGAGCGUGCCGUUGCACCGAAUCUCUUCCAGUCGCAGGUAGUGCAGAACGUCGUCAAUGAAGCUAUUGAGAAUGGCAAGACUCACGUUGACCUCAGUCAGCGUAACUUGACAGUCCUACCAGAUGUUAUAUCUGACCUCAACUUACUAGUGUCUGCCAGUCAAGGGAUCAGCAUGAAGCCGCAGCUGCGCUUGUUCUUGUCACGUAAUCGACUCAAGACUCUGCCGGAAUCACUUUUCGAAUUGAAAGAGCUCGAGUUCCUCUCUUUGUCUGGCAACAAGCUCAAGACACUUUCGAGCAGCAUCGGGAAGCUCAAGAAUCUUGUAUCGCUGAAUGUUGGUCUCAACCAGAUUGAGUUUCUGCCUGCAUCCUUGUUGACCCUGCCAAAGCUGGAGCAGCUCGUCUUUGAAUGUUCAGAGUCUCCUCCAUCACCAGCAAAGUCACAGCCAUCUCAGCGCAAACGUCGGAAACCAACACUCGAUGCGCCACCGCGUUCGAUACGUCUCAGUAGACGCGCUAAAUCCAAUGCACGCGUUCCUACCUUGUAUGAAUAUUCUCUUCGCAGCAUCCGUGGCAAUCCUGCUUGCUUUGCAUGGUUCAAGGACAUCUACGAGAACUAUGAUCUUGAGCGCUUUUUGGUUCCCUUGGAGAAUCGCUCCUUUUGCGACACAUGCGGCAUUGGUAUGCACGAUGUGUAUGCAACACGGGAGGAACACUGGUCUGGCUUUGCAGGCGCGGACGGCAUCCCGAUUCGACGCAACUUAUGCAGCCUGACAUGUCUAGAGGGAGCACCGCAGUACGAAGACAGCGAUGAGGAGUAG